AUGGCUGAAAUACAAUCGCUCGCGGGUCCCCUUCCAACUAUCCCGGAUAACCUUACGCUCGCCCAGUUCAUACUCGACUCGCAACACCCAGCCAGGCCGAUACGCACGGCUGACUCGCCAUGGAUCAUUGACGAUCGCACGGGACGAGGAAUCGGAUUAGAAGAGCUACGUGUGCGGACGUACGGUCUCGCCAAUGCACUUUGCUUUAGAUAUGGUAUAAUCCUACUCUUCAGCCCCAACCACGUCGAUUACUUGGUAGCAGUGUGGGCUGCUCACAGACUGGGUGCUGUUAUGUCUGGGGCCAACCCUCUGUUCUCCGCGGGCGAGCUCGAGUAUCAGAUGAGGGAGACGAGAGCGAAGAUGAUCAUCACGCACCCUGAUUCGUGGGGGGUUGCGCUUGAGGCGGCGCGAGCGUCGGGUGUUCCGGAUGAGAAGGUCGUGGCGUUUGAUGUUGAGGGGGCCCCCGAUGAGCGCGUGGGCGGUCCGACGUGCGUGACGGUGCAGGCGUUGAUUACGCAGGGGUUGGAGACUCCGCCGAGUUUUGUGGAGAGGAGGCUGGAGGAGGGAGAGGGGAAGACGAAGUUGGCUUUCUACAAUUUCUCUAGUGGGACGACGGGUAGACCAAAGGCUGUGGCAAUACCACACAUUGCCCCCAUUGCCAACAUCCUCCAGCUAGCGGCACAUAACAAGGUGAACCAGAACUAUUGCCCAUGGGAAGAACAAAGGUUUAGGCCAGGAGAUAUAUGCAACGGCGCCCUCCCUCUUUAUCAUAUAUAUGGCUUGGUGUUUAACAGUCAUUUUAGCUUUUUUUGUGGGAUGUCGUUUGUCCUGACAGCUAAAUUCAACUUUAUCGAAUUUUUAAAGAACAUUGUAACAUAUCGUAUCACUCAUCUCUUGCUUGUCCCGCCACAGAUUGUGCUCCUCUGCAAACAUCCAGCAGUGAAAGAUUAUGAUCUCAGUCAUGUGCGGUACAUCACAUCAGGGGCAGCGCCCUUGAGUCGCGAGCUCAUGGAACGUCUUGUCGAGAUAUUCCCAAAUGCCGCCCUAGGCCAGAGCUAUGGUACAACUGAGACGUGCACCGUCGUCACUUCUUUGGCGAUCGAGAAGAAGCAGGACUUGAGUGGCAGUGCAGGAACGCUGUUACCUGGCAUCACCGCCCGGGUGGUGAAACCUGAUGGAUCUUUGGCGGAUUUUGGAGAGCCGGGAGAGCUGGUGGUCAAAACACCGUCGAUUGCUCUUGGGUAUUCCAAUAACGAGAAGUCGACGAAAGAGACGUUCGUGGAUGGUUGGAUGCGUACGGGUGAUGAGGUGAAGAUAGAGAAGAACGCUGAAAUUUUUGAAAUGCUGAAAGUGAGAGGCUUCCAGGUAGCCCCAGCUGAACUGGAGGGCUGUCUCCUGGAUCAUCCAGACGUCGCGGACACCUGUGUUGUCGGAAUAACCGAUGAUUACAGCGGCGAGCUACCGCUUGCAUUCGUUGUUCUCAGACCUGAAGCAGGGAAGCGUGCAGAAAGUAGUGCCAGUGCUGCGAAUGACAUCAAACAAUCUAUCAUGAAACAUGUUGCUGAUAACAAGGUGGCAUAUAAGAAACUGGCUGGAGGAGUUGAGUUUGUCGAUAUGAUUCCUAAGAACCCAAGUGGUAAGCUCCUGAGGAGGGUGUUGCGCGACAAGGCGCGGGAGAUGCGGGCCAGCACGAAAGCGAAACUAUAGUGCGAGGUGCUCGAGAGUUGUGGUAUAUAGGGUGUAUAUAUAUGUGUGACUGAGAGGGGGUGGAUUUGCAAUUGACUGCGGGGAAAGAGAGGUGGUUGAAAUUAAUGAUAGAUUGUGUCUAAACCGGAAGUAAAUCGUUAUUGAGUCCUAUUAGUCAUUAACCUCGA